UUCAUGUCUGAGUCGUAUUAUUCCCAACUAUGGCUAACUACGGAAAAAGAUGUAGAGCAAUUAUUAGGAUUGGACCAAAACGUGCAAGCAAACGAAAACAGAGACAAAAAAUCAGAAACUUUAAAUCGUAUUUUGCCUAUUUACCUCAAAUAUCGAAAUAUUGUCAAGCGACUUACUAUGUGUCACGAUCAAAUAAUACAAGUCCAAAAGCGAAACCUAAUUAAACAAAUAUUGGAUUGUGCAAUCAUCAGAAUGCUUGAAUAUAAACGAGACAUCGUCAAUCUUGACUGUUCAGAAUUUCAGUGGCCGGACAAUUUCAUGAUUCAAAUGAAGCUCACGCCCGACGAUGUAGCGCUAACGACUCCCGCGUGUUUUACGUCGGAUAGAAAGGCUCUGCUGGAACAGCGCAAAAAAUACAUUGAGGACUUGAUCGCCAACGCGAAUGCACGAGAAGUCACGUAUAAGGAAGAAAUUGAGGAGUUGAGUGAACCAGGAUCGACAAAAACUAGUGCAUUGGAUUUGCGACGACCGAGAUUACGUAGGAGAACGGAAAAAAUUAUUGUUCAACCCUCAAAAGCGCAAUUGGCAUUAGAAGCAGAAUUAUUGGAGGAAAAAGCUACGCGAUUGCGUUUAAAGGAGCAACAAAAAGAAUUCUCCGAUGCAAUUCUCUUGAUACAGAAACAUGAACGAGCAAGAGUUGCACGCUGCCUUGCAAAGCGAGCUGAGCGGCAGUUCAAUUACGAGAAUAAGCUAAGAAAGGGAGAGAUAGAACCUAAAAUGGAUAACGAAAGCAGAAAAAUGAGUGCAACGAUAACCAUUCAGAAGGCAUGGAGAAGUUACCUUGUCCGUAAGUCUCUUAAGAAAAAGAUGAAUCGACUUGAGACACUGCUGGGAAUGACAAUACUGAGUUGGAAAUCUCAAGACGUCUUCAAUCAAGACGAAAAAAACUUUCAACGACGACUCGCUUUACAACCCUUGGCUAUUGAAAAAAUUGAAAAUACCGUAGCCAACAUAAAGGACAUACUUUGGAAAACUCGUGGCCCAGAAUUAAUAGAGGAUAUAAUAGAUGAAAUUCGAGAGUGGUUUCUUCUGUGGUACGAGGAAUUGGGAUUUUUUGACGUUUAUCCAGCGACGAAAGACGGUGGUUCGGUUUUAAUAGCAACUGGCCAAGUACGAACACCUGGGGAAUAUGCAAAGGAAAUAAUGGACAAGAAGAAAGCAGCUCAAGGUGAAAAGGGAAAAAUGAGAGAAGAAGUUGUCGAUAAAAGGGAGGCAAAUGGAAAUAAAGCAGAGAAAGAUUCACGAAUGCCGAAAUCACAAAUUCUACCACUUAUGCGAGCCGUAAUUGAUAACUUCAAUAAAAAUUGGACUCAUCGCGAUGAGAAGGGUAAUAAUCCCGAAACUAUACAUCUCGAUAUGAUAAAUGAAGAAUUAUGCUAUAAAUUACAACUGGAAAUGCGAGAAAUCGUUGAUGAACUGAUGCGACUCGAAUUAAAUAAAUUUGUACAGGCCGUAAAAAAGGAUAACGCUGGGAAUAAGGCGAAAUUAUCAGUUAUGCCUGAGAUUAAAAAAGGAAAAAAAGGAAAGAAGAAUAAGAAGAAGAAGAAAAAAGAACCCCUAUCAAAUGUAUCAGUCGAAGAACUUUUCAAAGAACUUGCAUUGGCGAAUAUAUUAAGAUACAAUCCUGAGGCAAAAUUACAAGACUGGAUUGGUGAUUUAUCGUAUCAAAAUUAUGAAGCGCAGAAAGAAUUUCGCGACCACAGUCAUCGACUCGGCGAAAUUAAACAAUUAAUCAUGGAAUAUUGUAUUCUACCAUUGGGCUCAAAGCAAGUAAAUCUAUUGUCACCCCAAGUGAAGUCAGUGUGCAUUUGCGGUUUGCCGGGUUAUGGAAAAUCAUUUUUGGCAAAUAUCAUUUCAACUGAAGUCGGUGCACUUGUAUUCGAUUUGACGCCAAGUAUUUUAAUUGACAAAUACACGAGUAAAAAGGAACAAAAGCGUCUCAUGAGUAAAAUUGGAAAAGUCUCACGUUUUCAUGCACCUUCGAUAAUUUUCAUCGAUGGUGGCGAGAAACCGUGGUGGAAAAAAAUCCCCCCCGAGGAAAAGCACACGAAACCCAAGAGAUUCGCAAAACUUUUGACAAAAUUCGUCAAAGGAAUAAAACCCGGUGAUCAGAUACUCUUCCUCACGCUCACAUCACAGCCGUACAAUGGAGGAAAACCUUUUAUCAAAAUUCACGAUAAAUUUAUCAUAAUUCCAGUGACCGAUUACAAUAGUUUAUUUCUAUUUUAUCAAAAUCUCCUAAUGAAAUAUCAUGGAAUCGACAGAAAUAUUGAUCUCUCGUGUUUGGCAAAAUUAUCAAUUGGAUUGCCAUUUGAAUUUAUUCGACAAACGGUGGAAAAUGUACUCAAUGUGAGGAGACGCAGUCAACUUUUAUUUAAGCCUUUGAAUCAAAUGGAAAUUAUGGAAGAACUUUUCAAGUACAACGGACCUGGUGAGAAGAUUGUGGAAAAAUUUAGGCAAUUUGAGAAUAAAACACCGCUUGGGAUGAAGAGAAUGGCAAUGUUCCUUGAGAGAAAGAAGGAACGUCAACGAAGGGAAAAAGUGAAGAAAAGGCUUUUUCCCCCAAAGUAAAAAGAAUUUUUUCUAAAAUCGGGUCCAUAAUUCCGAAGUUUUGGAAAAUAUGGAAAGUAAAUAAUGGAAAAGAGAAGGAUUCGCGAAAGCCAAAAUAAAAAUUUCUACCAUUUAUAUACGAACGAUGAUGACUUAUCAAUAAAAAUUGGAGUCUUCGCGACAAAACCGGAAAUAAUCCCGGAAUUUUACAUCUCGAUAAUGAUAAAUGAAGAAUUCUGCUAUAAAUUAUAACUGGAAAUACGAGAAAUCAUUGAGGAGCAGAUGUGACUCGAACUUAAUAAAUUUUAAAGCCGUAAAGAAAGGAGAAUGAGAAAUAAUAAUAAAAAUUAUCAAUUAUUCUCGAGAUUGAGAAAGUGGAUAAUAUAAUUCCUCAAAACGGAUCCACAAUUCCGAAGAUUAGAUAAGGAUAGAGAUGAUCGCGAGAGAUGAGGAAAACUGAGAAUGGGCCGGUUGCUGAUCCGUUGUGCAUGGGUAAAGUCGUCGAAUGGGGGGACUCGCCUCCGCCAAGUCCACGGUGGGGACUGUCUCUCUG